ACAAAAGUUGCAAAGAUACGAAUUUUUGUUUACGAUUCAAAGGAUAAACUAAUCGAAAUAACAAACAAACAAAGUUUUUAUGUCUAGUUAAUACGUUUAACGUAUUUGAGAUAUCCUUUCAAUAAUGACACAGCAAUUAAUUAACGAAAAUAGUAAAUACAUAUUGGAUUUAUUCUCAGAACAAACAGUUGAUUCUCAAAGUUUGGAGUCAAUAUGCGCUCAAGUUCAGAAACGAUUUCCGAAAGCAGAAUACUUCAAUCUAUCUCUUCUACUAUCAUCACUGAUAACUGGUGGGGAUCUCUCCUUGCCUGGCCAGCGAGUAGUCGCUCUGGCUCUGAUCUACGAUUUCUACAAAACAGAUAGCCCCUUCAGUUCUCUGUUUCUGAACCUACUUGAAGGAAAACCUGGGCUCUUGCCACUUGCGCCACAGGAGAGGAUAUUUAUAGCACAGAUAUUUGGGUUUAUACCCGCUAAUGCUAAGGAUGUCUUGAAAAAGUCAGCCAAACAAGUGAUGUUAACAGAAGUAGCGAGUAAGGAUCUGGAAUUUGAUUACUCGGCGUUACAGUCGCUGGUCACGGAGAGAACUGCAGACAUGAGCGCUAUAGCGAGGGUCACGGCAUCUGCGCUGGUUCCUUUGGGCGAUGGGAGUCCUCCCAACCGCAUAGCGAUGAAGGAACUACUAGAAGCACUAAUGUCUAAUGAGUACCUACCGCUGCAUAGGACUUUGAAACCAACGGGGCCGAUCCCACCGCCGCCGUUUCUGCUAGACCCACUUGAUGUUAAUUUUGCUAAGGAUGGUGUUUGGAAAAAUCUACCGAAUCGCGGAACCUACGUGCCUCUGUACGACACAGAUCUAGACGGUCUGUUAGGGUUAAAGCCGCCGGAAAAAGUGGAAAAGAAAGUGGUACAAACACCUAAACCUAAGGAAGAGAAAAAAGAGAAGCCAGAAGAGAAGAAGUCAGAAGAGAGAGACGCGACCAGCACGGUCAGUGAGGCGAAGGAAUUAACACAAUUGGCUUUGAAAUCUGCGUUAUCUGUACCACAUCAGCAACGACUCUUGGCCAUAUUGGACCAGACACCGGAUAUAGUGUAUGAAAUUGGUGUAACACCACCGCAGCUCCCGGAGCUAGUGGAAAACAAUCCGAUGGUGGCCAUAUCUGUGCUGCUCAAACUGAUCCACUCGCAGCACAUCACGGAGUACUUCUCCGUGCUCGUGAACAUGGAGAUGUCGCUGCAUUCUAUGGAGGUUGUUAAUCGACUAACAACAUCCGUAGACCUGCCAGUGGAGUUUGUACACCUAUACAUAAGCAACUGUAUAUCAACGUGUGAGACGAUCCGCGACCGCUACAUGCAGAACCGGCUCGUGCGGCUCGUCUGUGUGUUUUUGCAGUCGCUUAUUAGGAACAAGAUUAUUAAUGUUAAGGAAUUAUUCAUAGAAGUAGAAGCGUUUUGUGUAGAAUUCAGUCGAAUUCGCGAAGCGGCGGCGCUGUUCCGUCUCCUCAAACAACUGGACUCGGGUGAACACAAGGAGAAAGAUUAACGAACGAGGUUCUUCAGGAAUAAACUCAGACUGAGGAAGCUGGGAAAGUGAUGUCACAUCUGACAAAUAAUCUUUGAUAAGUCAUAAGAUACAUCGAAUAUAGUGCGAUUUUAUGGCACGUAGCAAAAUUCGGAACUAAGGCUGUCUUCUUGUAAAACGUCACUUGAAGACAAAUAGAUAGUGGAGUGUGUUGUUUCGUGCGAUUAUGUUUCCCUAUUUAUUAUAAUUUGAAAUAUCUUAUUCCGAUAACUCAAACAAAAAAAAUACAAAAUAUUAAUUACGCAACGAUAACUUCAUCGUUAACACACUACACUCUAUGAAAAAAUAUAAAAAUGUGUGCGUGUACUAGUGUACACACGUAAGAAGUGAAACUUCUUUAUGACCUUAUUUUUCAUAAAAUAAUUUACUAUAUGCAACUUUACAGAAAUACGUGUCGAAUCACGUGUGGUAGGAAUAAGAAAAAUGUCACGCGUAACGAAAAAAUGUUGCACUGAAUUUUUUCCAACCCCGAUAUAGAAGUUUCACUUCGAAAAUGUUAAAGUAUCCCCAAAAUUGAAAAAAUUAGCUUUACGGACCGUAUCUAAAUUUCCUGAAACAAAGGAGCCAUUUUGACAGUGUCAUCCAAUUGUUCUAUGUACUAUUUGUCUAUG